GCCGCGGGGCCGGCUCCCACGUCCCGCAGCCGUGUCGCCGCGCGCCCUCCCCUCGGGGCGGUCCCGCUCGGGGCUCGGCGCGGCUAGACGAGGGCCGGAGCCUGGCGGCGGCCCGAGGCCCGAGAUGGUGAUCUGCUGCGCGGCCGCGAACUGCUCCAACCGGCAGGGCAAGGGGGAGAAGCGCGCCGUCUCUUUCCACAGAUUCCCCCUAAAGGACUCAAAGCGGCUGAUGCAGUGGCUGAAGGCUGUUCAGAGGGAUAACUGGACCCCCACCAAGUACUCUUUCCUCUGCAGUGAGCACUUCACCAAAGACAGCUUCUCCAAGAGACUGGAGGACCAGCACCGCCUGCUCAAGCCCACGGCCGUGCCGUCCAUCUUCCACCUGGCGGAGAAGAAAAGGGGGGCUGGAGGCCAUGGCCGCCCCCGGAGAAGGGACACCGGGAGGGCCUCGGCAGGUCUGAGGGCACAGGCGAGUGACACCGCGGUAGGGAAGGCAGCUGCAGGGGCACCGUCGUCCUCAAGCGCAAGCCCAAUGGCCAAGCCAGAGCCCCGCAGGCUGAAGCGGGCCGUACCGCAGGGCCGAACUGCGGCCAGGGUCGCCCGGGAGACCGCUGGUCAGGAGUGGUCGCGGCAGCCUCCGGAAGGACGCGCGGAGGACGGUCCGGCCUCCGCCGCCACCUCCAGCAGCCAGGGAGAAGCCGGCACAGGGGCCGUGGAUGCUGGCGCCAAGGGCGCCAACCCCGCCGACGGCGGCCAGGUGGACAGGAGCGGCGUUUCCGCGGACGACUUCACGCCCCCGGGCUCCGGGGCCUGCAAGUUCAUCGGCUCGCUUCACUCCUAUAGCUUCUCCUCCAAGCAUGCCCGAGAGAAGCCGGCCGUCCCCCGGGAGCCUGUGGAGCGGAAGCGGCUGAGGAGAGACGCCGAGCCUGGCCACAGCGGGAGCAGCCCCGGGCCCGAGAAGGGGCCAGCACAGAGCCCUCCGCGCGCCUGCCCCUCCGCGAGCUCGUCGCUCACGGCCACACCGCAGAAGCCAGCCCAGGGCGCCUCGGCGCCUCCCACCGACGUGACCCCGAAGCCGGCAGCCGAGGCCGUCCAGAGCGAGCACAGCGACGCCAGCCCCAUGUCCAUCAACGAGGUCAUCCUGUCGGCGUCGGGCGCCUGCAAGCUCAUCGACUCACUGCACUCCUACUGCUUCUCCUCCCGCCAGAGCAAGAGCCAAGUGUGCUGCCUGCGGGAGCAGGUGGAGAAGAAGAACGGCGAGCUGCGGACCCUGCGCCAGAGGGUCAGCCGCUCGGACAGCCAGGUGCGCGAGCUGCGCCAGAAGCUGGACCAGCUGCGGAGGCUGAGCCUGCCUCACCUGAGCAGCCUGCUGCCCCCUGGCCGCGAGCCCCCCAGGAUGAGCCCCGUGGUAGAGCCGCUGUCCUGGAUGCUGGGCACCUGGCUAUCAGAGCCGCCGGGAGCCGGGACCUUCCCUACGCUGCAGCCCUUCCGGUACCUGGAGGAGGCUCACAUCUCGCACGUGGGCCAGCCCAUGCUCAACUUCUCGUUCAGCGCCUUCCACCCGGACACACGCAAGCCCAUGCACCGGGAGUGCGGCUUCAUCCGCCUGCAGCCGGACACCAACAAGGUGGCCUUCGUCAGCGCCCAGAACACAGGCAUCGUGGAGGUGGAGGAAGGCGAGGUGAACGGGCAGGAGCUGUGCAUCGCGUCCCACUCCAUCGCCAGGAUCUCCUUUGCCAAGGAGCCCCACGUGGAGCAGAUUACCCGAAAAUUCAGGCUGAAUUCCGAAGGCAAACUUGAACAGACAGUCUCCAUGGCAACCACUACGCAGCCCUUGACUCAACACCUGCACGUCACAUACAAGAAGGUGACCCCGUGACCCCGGGUGGAGCUGCCUGCCUGGGGACGCUGCACUGCAGGCGUGGGUGUGGCCACAGGUCGGGCACCGUGGGUCGAGGGUGUGGCCUCGGCUCCUGUAAUGACGUAGAGAAACCAAAUAAAAGGCCUUUAUUUUUA